CUUUUUUGUUCCCUACUGUAAUAUUUAACCUGUGCGAUUUCAGUUCUUUGUUUUUUAGCCGGCGCUGGAUUGUUUUUAUCAAUUUUACAUAAAAUUAAUGCAUGAUGACCAGUAGAGGUCGGAACUACCAGAGCAGUGAGUGGGACUCCACACGGGAUGACUACACCAGCUCCGCCUACGAUAAUGCUGAUGAUAACGUUGGCGGUGACGCAAACCUUGAUCACUGUCGGCUCUACAUCAAGAACAUACCCAAAGGUCUGAAUGAGGAAGGUCUUAGAGCGGCUUUCGCCAAGUUCGGGACUCUUGUCGAAGUGUUCCUCAGUAAGGACCCGAAUAAGAACUAUGGACUUGUCAGAUAUGAGACAGCUGGAGAAGCAAAGUUGGCGAUGAUGAAGAUGAACAGGACGGAGCCGUUGAAAUUGUUCAUCAAUAUCGCUUAUAAGUCAAACGCUAAAGUCAGGUCGAACAAGUCGUAUCCCGAUAGAGGAGAAAGGAACGUUAGCGGGAGAGAUAGAAAUGAUAGGAACAGCGUGAACAGGGAUCGCGAUGAGAGCGCUAGUAUCGUCAGCCAUGGGAAGAACUCACGAAUGGCGGACGAUGUUCCCAAUGGUGACAACAAUUUGGAUGAUUUGUUGCUGGAAGAUGAUUAUGGAUUCUCGGACAUAUUGGACCCGAAUCUUCAUCUGGAACUGGAAAGCCUCAAGUUGGAACAGUUGAAGGUACGGGAAGAACAAUUGCAGGUCAAGCAACGCGUUAUAUUGUUGAAACAGGCCGAGAGAAGACCUAUGUCGCAAAUGAACAACAGGUGCAUUCUUCCCGAUGGAAAGAUCGUGGUUCGAAAUGUAGCCGACAGGGAUUCUCGAGACGCCGACGUCAGCUUCAGCGCGGGCGCUGGUGAUUCGUUCAAAAUGCCCGCACUACAACGCAUCGGAUUGCGGCAGUGCGUCGUUUGCGGGGCCGGCGCUGACUCCUAUUGUUCCGGCUGCGGCAUCACCCCGUACUGCUCGGAGAGAUGCCAGCGACGCGAUUGGUCCGAUCGCCAUAAUUCUGUCUGCCAUAAUCUUGCCAGAAUGAAGAACGAACGAGCCAUGCGCAACGUAGCUGAGAGCGAGGACCCUAUCGUACAACCUGCUCAACCGUUGCGCCGUCCACACUUGAACAAUUCCAAUGUCAGACGAGAUCUGGAUAGUGACAGCGCUUCUGGGUAUACUCCUAAGGCGCAGCCCAAGCUUUCUGCUGGUACCAGUAACAAUGAUUUCGGCAAAAGGAACGGUGAAAGAAAACCGGCACAGAAAUUCAAUCAGGCACGAGAUGGCAAUGCUGGUACGUCCAGAACUCCCAAUACUCGUUUCCCUAAUGCCAGAUCACAGCCAGCCGUCGAUGAACCGGAGAAACCUGCUCCUCAAGCGGAAAGACCAGCCCCUGUCGUCAGAGAAUCCGAUCAGCAACAAGCUACUUCCCCUUUAACUCCUGUGAGGAAGACGACUGGACCGAAAACCACGCCAGAACCCUCCGCUGUUAAGCCCGAUGUAGCGACCGCCGAACAAAUACCGACAAAGAAACCAAAUCAAAUGUUAAAACCUGCUAGUGUGAGUGACGUCACGCCAACCAAGAAACUUGUGCCUAAGAAAUCACUCCUCGAUUUCCUUAAAGUGGGAGACGGUGUUCUACUGACUGUGGAAACCAAAGCGGCCGACUCUCGUAUCACACGCGGCGAUUUCGUAUGCGUUCUCAUCUCUGAAACUUUCCAAGUUGAAUACACGAAGCUCUGCGAAGACUUCAUCGUGGACUGCGAGAAGGAUGGUCAGGGAGUUACACCAACUCCAGGCGAGACGAUUUCAUACUUCAAUCCAGAAGACGGCGCGUGGUACCGCGGCCGGUGCCUCACUCCGACCAUCCUUGCUUUACUUGAUAGUGGAAAACUCACCACUAUUACACCCGCCGACAAGUUACGGAAACUGCCGAACGCUUACGAAGAUAUUCCCGAGUUCUCUGCCGUGUUGACCGCUAAGGGAGUUCAGAUCGGAGCGAGCGUACUGGCUACGGUCGCAUCUCAAACACCGAAUGGGUUUAAAGUGACUAUGAUGGACGCUGAAUCCAACGAUGAUCUCGGCGAGGGAGAGUUGUUCCGUUGGUUGCCGGCUGUAGAAACUGUUGCUGGCGCAACUCCAGUAGAGAUACCGUCAGUACAACGGCCUCAGCUCACGAACAACACGAACGUCUUCCUGGUGCAUGUGACGAAUCUAGAGAAAGUGUUUGUGAGACCGGCGGACAUCGAAUCGCAACGUGCUUACAACGAAAUCCUUCAACGCGUCUUACUCAGCGGGGAUGGAUGCAAACCGCUAAAGCAGCCGCCUCAAAGAGGACAAGUUGUCAUCGCCCAGUUUACCGACGGCAACUAUUACCGAGCCUUCGUACAGCGUACUAGCGCGAAACAGAAUAAAUACAUGAUCGAAUAUGUUGAAUUUGGAAAUGUGGAGAUCAACAAAUUGGAAACUCUGUUCGAGUGUCCCGAUGACCUCAACUUGGACAACUCGCCGCCUCUUGUAUCCAUGAUCAAGAUAUCCACUGAAGCCCUCCAGCCGGCCGCUACCGAAGCUAUUGAGCAGCUCAAGGAUGAUGUGGAAUUGAUUUUGACUCUCAGCGACAGAAAGCAAUCGGCGCCAAGCGGUAGCCAGGCGACUCUAACCAGAGCCGAUACCAAAGUCAACGUUAACAAUAUGCUGAUAGAACUGUGCACUCCCGACUGGAAGAAGAUCGAGAAGACGGGCGGCGAAGUCAUUGACAAAGUUUACUUGACGAUGGACGACCUGGAACUAUCGAAGCUGCCCCCUAAAGGGUGUACGGUGACUGUACUAGAUACGAGUAUGUUGGAUGGCGGUGUCGUUUGCGGGUACGAUAGCUCAUUGCCCUUCGCUCACAGCGUACACGUGGAACUAGCUGAGAAGAUGGCGGAAUACUGUGAGAGUGAAUUAGGAAAGGAGCCAUACUUGCCCAAGGCUGAAGAGCUAUGCAUCGCUAAAAUGCCUCCAUAUCCGCAAUGGUUCCGCGCUAUAUUCCUCUCUUUAGCCGAGGGCCCGGGCAGUAGUCAAGCAAGCGUUUGCUACGUAGAUUACGGUAACGUUGCCGACGUACCAGUCAAGUUGAUAAGGAAGAUGCUUCCAGAGUUUGUGAAAGGGUACCCCACUCUUGGACUACAUAUUAAUAUUAGGGGUUUCCCUGAACCAACGGACGAGGCUUUGACGAAAGCUCUAGUCCACAUGCAAAUCGACGAAGAGGGCAGAGGGUCACUCAGAGUGACGAACUGCCUCUUCCGCCCUUACGACGGUACGUACGAAGUAGAUGCGCCCGAGUUGCUAGCCGCUAUGUCUUAAGUAGAUUUUUUGAAAAUUAAACUUUGUAAAAAUAUUGUAUACUUAAUGACGUCAGUCAACGUAAAAAUGCUUAUGGGUCAGUUUCCUUUGGCAAUUUUUUGCUUAUAAUCGUUGGAUAGUGGUCAACUUUCCACGAUAUGGCUAAUU